AUGUUGGUUUUGGUUGAAGAGGUUGUUUUGCAAUUUGACGACCUGUUUGUAAAUAAGUCACAAACGACUCUUGGUUUUCGGAAUAAUCUGUGGAAGGAAGUUCUCGUUUGUGUCAAUGCAGUUGGAGUGGAUAAGAGGAAUGUGGGGCAAAUAAAAAAAAAAUGGAAUGACUUGCGAAGCCAAGUUAAAAAAAAAAUGGGUAUUUUAACCAGGAAAAGGCGAGGAACUUCUGUUGUUCCUCAUGUUAACAUACAAUUUAGCACCAUGGAGGAACUGGUCAGAAAAACUUUUGCCACUGAACAAAUAGAAGGGGUUGCUGAUCUGGAUGUGAUGGCUUUAGCACACCAGAGGCAUGACAAUACUUCACCGAUAGCACCACCAGUUGAGGAGCCCGAAAGACCAGCUGAUCAACCACCAACUGCGGACAUAGCACAGGAGACAAUUCCCCAAGAAAUUGAGACUGGGUCAAUUGAGGAAGAUAUCAACAAUGACAUAGGGUUCACUCCAGCUCAAACUCGGUUCUUAAAUGAUUAUACUGAGCGAAACCAGGCAAAUCUUAAGGUGAUUGCUAACGCUGUCGUAAAUAUUGAUCAUUCCUUGAAAGUAAUGUGUCAACUCUAUGCCCAAAGUCUACAAAGCCAAGGUGUCAGCCAAGUAGCAGUUGACCCACCCACCAUUGUUAACAUUAAUGUUGAGACACAUCCAAGCACUAGUUUGGGUAGUGUGUCACCACAACCUGCCUCAUUAAACUUGUCUGUUGAAGGAGAUGUGGCCUCAACCUCAUCAGGGCUCACUUUACAUUCGGUUUCAAAUUAUUCUGGUUUAUUCCCCCGGUCUCGCUCAUUAACACCAAACAUAAAUACUCUGUCAGAUUUAUUUGCUCAAUCCCCUCCUCAGUCCUCAGUUCUAGAUUUGUCCACACACAGGGUAACAUGCCCCACACCACCAGUUCUUGCCUCACAACAGACCAAUAAUCCUUCCUCUACUAGGGCUGAAUAUUUGAUGGAUGUCAAAACAGAAAUGGGGUCAGUUCUCUGUAGUUCCCUUCCACCUAAAAAAAGGCUAAAAUCUUUUCCAAAUUUUGAUUGUUAG